AUGGGUUGGAGAUACCUAUACAUCACCAUUGGUGGCCUGUGUCUUAUCAUGGCAGCUAUCCGAGCCUUUGUCUUGAGCACGCUCGAAUCCCCCAGGUGGCUCGUCUCCUGUGGACGCGUUACUGAGGCUGUUGACGUUCUGAAUAAGAUUGCCGCAUUGAACAAGUCAAAUUAUGCAGCGUCUGUCGAUGACUUUGUCCGUAUGGAGGUCAGUGUAGAACAGACCAAGAGUUUAUCUGAGAACCUUAAGCGGGCCAAGCGACUCGUCACUGGGGGUAAACAAAUCUGGUUGGUUACUUGUUUGGCUUUGCUGUGGAUGCUCAUUGGUAUUGCCUAUCCACUGUACACCGUCUUCCUUCCCUAUUACCUCGCAUCGCAUGGAGCAAGCUUCGGCGAGUCCUCAAACUACACCACCUACCGCGACUGGACUGUUUCGUCCGUCGUCGGCAUCUUCGGUCCAUUUCUCAGCAUGUGGAUGGUCUCUAACAAAUGGUUCCGAUCCAAGAAGUCCCUGUUCAUUACGGCCGCGAUUGCUGCCAUUUUCUCGGGCGCCUUCACCACCGUCCGGAAUGACGCACAGAAUCUGGCUUUUUCGUGCAUGAUAAACUUCUGGCUAAACGCUCUGUACGCCAUCGUUUACUCAUAUACUCCACAGUCACUCAGUGUCGAAAACCGUGGUCUUGGAAAUGGCCUCGCGAUGGCUCUUGGCAGAAUGUCAUCUCUGAGCGCACCUUUUAUUGCUACAUUCGGCGAUGUCACAUCUCCUGUUCCGAUCUUUGUCGCCUGUGGCUGCUUUGUGAUUAUGGGACUGAUUGGCCUUGUCUUGCCUGUGGACACAGAGCCUUUCUCAUAUUAA